CACAAGUUUACUCCCCAAACUUUUUCUCUAAAUUUUUCACACUUUAUCGCACUCUUGUCCUUCUCCCAUCUACACCCACGAAAUCCAUCACUAUGACAUCUUGGGUCCCACUUACCCUUUUUCUGCAUCAUCACCAUCGUUAAUCACACCCAAAUCCUCAACUCCCUUAUUCUACACCUUACUUCACACGAUCCAUCCCACUAAACAAACGAAUUCUUCAUGACAAUAACUCACUGAGUGACCCACCAAACUCGUAAAACGAUUCAACUCUAUCCUUAUCCAAUGGUGUUGAAUUGAACACGCAUCUCUUAGAAACCAACGGUUUGGAUUUCAUGCAAGUUUAAUUUUUAUUUUUUUUAUAUAUGAAAAACAAAGGCAGAAAACUCCUGACACUUAUAAUCUUAGUGCCCACAAGUCUAUAAAUCUCUGACUUCAGAAAAUAAAAACAAUUGAAGAAAGCUCAUCAAAAAUUCAUCUACGCAGACAAUAUCUGGUUUCUGAUAUUUGCAAAGAUGGUUAAACUUGAGAUCCUGAUCGUCCUGCUGUUCCUUUCACUUCUUCUACUUCCACCGGUUUUUUCAGUAUCCAAUAAAGGGUUAUUUAGAGUUGGAUUGAAAAAGAAGGUGUUUGAUCCAAAUAAUCGUGUUGCUUCUCAACACGGGAUUAAAGAAAGGGAUAUGUUCAAAUCUUUACUUGAUAAAUAUCACUUCGGCAACUCUAAAGAUGCAGGGGAUGAUGUUGUUGCCCUCAAGAAUUACAUGGAUGCUCAGUACUUUGGGGAAAUUGGUGUUGGAACCCCUCCUCAGACAUUUACCGUUAUUUUUGAUACUGGUAGUUCAAACUUGUGGGUGCCUUCGUCAAAGUGCUACUUAUCGAUUGCUUGCUUCUUCCAUUCCAAGUACAAGUCUGGCGCAUCAAGUUCUUACAAGAAGAAUGGAACAUCUGCGGCUAUUCGUUAUGGAACUGGAGCUAUAUCUGGCUUCUUCAGUGAAGAUAGUGUGAAGGUCGGUGAACUCGUUGUGAAGAAUCAGGAAUUCAUCGAGGCUACUAGAGAACCUAGUAUUACAUUCAUGGUUGCUAAGUUUGAUGGCAUACUUGGACUUGGAUUCCCAGAAAUUGCAGUUGGGGGUGCUGUUCCAGUAUGGGACAAUAUGGUUAAGCAAGGGCUGGUAAAGGAUCCUGUAUUUUCAUUUUGGCUCAACCGCAAGGCAGAAGACGAAGAGGGAGGUGAAAUAGUCUUUGGCGGGGUUGACCCAAAGCACUAUAAAGGUGAACACACAUAUGUUCCUGUGUCAAGGAAAGGUUAUUGGCAGUUCGAUAUGGGUGAUGUUCUUAUCAAUGGAAAAACGACAGGGUACUGUUCUGGUGGAUGCGCAGCUAUUGCAGACUCUGGAACUUCUUUGUUGGCCGGACCCACGAGUGUUAUUACGCAAAUCAACCACGCUAUUGGGGCGUCAGGUGUCACCAAUCAGGCGUGUAAGAAUGUGGUGGAGCAAUAUGGCCAAACAAUCAUUGAUCUUUUGUUUUCAGAGGAGUCCUUUAAGAGGAUCUGUUCCCAAAUCGGUGUAUGCACCUACGAUGGCACUCACGGUGUUAGCAUGGGUAUCGAGUCGGUGGUAAAUAAGGAGAAUUCUGAUGGAUCUUCCGAAGGGUUGAAUGAUGGUAUGUGCCCUGCGUGUGAGAUGGCUGUUGUGUGGAUGCAGAGUCAACUCAAGCAAAAUGUAACCCAGGAUCGCAUAUUAAGUUACGUAAACGAGCUUUGUGAACGAGUUCCGAAUCCAAUGGGACAAUCCUCGGUUGAUUGUAAUCGUAUAUCUAAGAUGCCCCCGGUUUCAUUUACUAUUGCAGGGAAAGAGUUUGAACUUCGUCCGGAAGAGUACAUACUGAAGGUUGGCGAGGGACCUAUGGCACAAUGCAUUAGCGGAUUUACUGCUAUGGAUGUUCCCCCUCCUCGUGGACCAAUCUGGAUUCUUGGCGACGUCUUCAUGGGUCGGUAUCAUACGGUGUUCGACGCUGGAAAUCUCCAAGUUGGAUUUGCUGAAGCUGCAUGACAUUGCCCUGCUUUUUCUUAAAGUUGUUUUGUGUGUUCAGUGGGUGCUUUGGAAUAUUAGCUUUGAUUUCACUUGUAAACUUUCAAGCUAAAAGUGCGGAGUUUUCACCCUCAGACCCCCUUUCGUUCUGGACAGUAGUACUUUUGUAAAUAUCUGUAUGAGAGAGUUUGUUAUUUACUUUUGUUAAAUCAUUUGGAUUUCUCAGAUUGGCGAUAACAUUUCAUUACCUCGAGUUAUUAAGUGGCUCCCAUCUUGACGGUUUUGAGGUAGGAUGUUUUCAACCUUACUCUUACUAACAAAGAAAUUAUUUCUGAUUGAUUC